AUUAGAUAUAUUUAAAUCAUCUAGGUAGUCAACACACACAACCGACACAUAAUACACACACACCGUUUAAACAAAGAAAAAAAAAAUAGAGGAAAAUCGAAAAAAAAAGAAAAAUAAUAAUCAAACGGCGAAUAAAAUCAUAACCUGUUAUUGUAUCUAGCUAGACAGAAUUGCACUAGAAUCGCCUGCGACCUGUGCGCCCAGAAGUGUAGAAUCUUAAGAUAUCUUUAGCGGCACACUGAAGCAGCUGCUCCAGAGACUCAUUGGAACGCACCGAAUAAGUACAAAAUUCGUAGGAUCAAAGUUCAAGGUGCUCACGGUAGCCGCUCUCUGUCCCCGAAGGACUGACCCAGAAUCCAGCCCAGCCACGGACCAUCCGGGCCAGCAGGCCAAAGGCCAAAGGCGGCAAACUGCAAGGAAUCCCGUGUAUUGAGCCACUUUGACAACUGGUUCCAAUCCGAUUUCUUUUCCACUUUUGAUAGUUUUAUAUUCAGACUUUCCUAAGCGCUGCCCCUCCAGGAUGGUCAUCAAUCUGAAUCCGGCCACCUCUUCGAACGCCAAUGCCAGCGGUAGCAGCGUGGGCGGUGGCAGCGGUGGCAGCGGUGGCAGCAUCAUUGGCGGAAACGGAAACGGAGGCGGAAACGGUAACGGUAACGGCAGUGGCAACAUUGCUGGUGGUGCAAGUGGUGGUACAAGUGGUGGUGCAAGUGGUGGUGGUGCAAGUGGUGGCGCCACCAGCAACCUGAUGGGCAUCAUCAGCCAUGGAGUAUUCGAGGGCACCAUCCAUCUGCAUGUGGUAUGUGCGGGCGACUCGAACGCCAAGUGGAUCACCCUGGAGGAGGCGAUGGCCUUCUGUCCCAGCGGCGUUGUUGCCUACACCAAACUGCAGCUGGCCGAGAUUUAUGGCGUGCCAAUGGACCUUCUGUUCGACUGAUGACAAGGCACACAAAACCCGAUUCCUUGGUGGGACUGCUGAUUGGAGUGUACACUCCACCUGGACGAUGGUUUGAUGGAUUCUUGAUGAGCUCCGAUUGGCUUGUACUUAUAUUAUAAGCAGGACCGUGGCAGCUGGCAUUUGAACUUUGGCACUGUUGUUGGCAAAAUCUAGGAAUUCAGUAUUCGGCAAAUACUGUCGAUCGUUAUUUCUUGAUAGAUUUCCUGCUCUACAAAUGAGACAAAAUUUUUAGUUCCUGGCGUUAAGCGAUUUUUCCGUAGGCAGCAAUUAAGCAAUUAUUAAAGAUAGCAUAGCGAAUACCAACCAGGUGGACAUUUCCGAAAGACAUAUAUUUAUGUUCGGUUCGAUAAAAAAAAAACUGCUUGAGCUUUUUGACUAGAGGACGACAUCUACUUUCUCAUGGAUUGAGAAAAACGUGUGGGUUUUGCUCAUCCGAAAUGUAAAAAAAAGAAUACCUCGAAAUAUACCAUUAAAAUCUCAAAUAAUCACUAUAA